UAGAAGGGAAUAUGGUGAAACUAUAGGGUUACUGUAGCAAAAUUAGAUCUUCUUCUACACUGAGGAGACUAAAGGUUUGGCCUUUGUGAGCAAAGUUUGGGUUUUGAGUCAUGGCGUUCCUGCUCAAAAAUUCCGUCGCUUCACAUUUCCGUCAGACGACGAAGAACGAUUCACUUUCCCUCACGCGCCGCCAGUUCCACGUCGAACCUGGGGCUCGCGAGAAAGCUCUCUUGGCACCGGACCCGUCUCUCCGACGAUUCAAGUCGCAUAAGGGAGGAGUGUUGGCGAUCAAAAGGAUUGGGGAGGUUCUCACAGUUGUUGUUAUUGCUGGUUGCUGCUAUGAAAUAUAUGUAAAAGCAGUGAUGCGGGAGGAGGCUAGGGCACAGACAAAGGCUUGAGGUGCAAGCAUAAGCAAGUCUGUGUUUCAAUGGUGUUUAAUCUUGUCUGGAAACAGUAGGGGAACUUUAUGAUUCGAAUUGUGCUAAUAAGCAGAAAACAGGUUAUCCUGAUAGCUUUUGAAAUACCUGUUUCUGAUUACUUUUUGGUUUUACUUAAUAAAAUCUAUUCAAUAGGCAUUUCAGAAGAA